CGCAUUUCUCAUUUCUUACUUCUAGUCUAAAUUAGAUAGCAGGACGUAGUGUCCGACCUCACAGAUCGCCGAUAGUUAGUUAAAAGCCUUAUCUUUAGUUUGAUAGUGAAUCUGAAGCAGGAGAGAGAAAUCAACAUGGAGUCCCCUCCAGAUCCAGCGAGCGACCCGGGCAACAGCGCCUCGGAGCCGGCUACCCCGGUCAGGGAAACCCCGGUAAACCUGGAGACGCUCCGAAAAGCGGAGCAUCCAGCCCCGGUUCGGAAGCAGAGCUGCUCCAGCACCAACAGAGGUAUCUCAGUCACAAAGAAGACACACACUUCUCAAAUCGAAAUAAUUCCCUGCAAGAUCUGUGGAGACAAAUCAUCAGGCAUCCAUUACGGCGUGAUAACAUGUGAAGGCUGUAAGGGCUUCUUCAGGAGGAGUCAGCAAAGCAAUGCAGCGUACUCCUGCCCUCGUCAGAAAAACUGCUUGAUCGACCGCACCAGCCGCAACCGCUGCCAGCACUGCAGGCUGCAGAAGUGCUUGGCAGUGGGAAUGUCACGAGAUGCGGUGAAGUUUGGCCGAAUGUCAAAGAAGCAGCGAGACAGCCUGUAUGCUGAGGUCCAGAAGCACCGGCUGCAGCAGCAGCAGCGAGACCACCAACAGCAGCCUGGAGAGGCAGAGCCACUCACACCUAGCUAUGGUCUCUCAGCCAACGGCCUAACGGAGCUACACGACGACCUCAGCGGCUACAUGGACGGCCACACUCCUGAUGGCAGCAAGCCCGACUCUGCGGUCAGCAGCUUCUACCUGGACAUCCAGCCAUCCCCUGACCAAUCAGGCUUAGACAUCAACGGUAUAAAGCCAGAGCCCAUCUGCGACUUUGCCCCCGGCUCUGGCUUCUUUCCCUACUGCUCCUUCACCAAUGGCGAGACGUCUCCCACCGUUUCUAUGGCUGAACUAGAGCACCUGGCCCAGAACAUCUCAAAGUCACACAUGGAGACAUGUCAGUACCUGAGAGAGGAGCUGCAGCAGAUGACCUGGCAGGCUUUCCUUCAGGAGGAGGUGGAGAGCUACCAGAGCAAGCCCCGGGAAGUCAUGUGGCAGCUGUGUGCUAUCAAAAUAACGGAGGCCAUUCAGUAUGUGGUGGAGUUUGCCAAGCGCAUCGACGGCUUUAUGGAGCUGUGUCAGAACGAUCAGAUAGUGCUGCUGAAAGCAGGCUCUCUGGAAGUUGUGUUUGUCAGAAUGUGCCGUGCCUUUGACUCGCAAAACAACACCGUCUAUUUCGAUGGAAAAUAUGCCGGACCUGAUGUGUUCAAGUCAUUAGGCUGUGACGACUUGAUCAGCUCCGUCUUCGAGUUUGGGAAAAACUUGUGUUCUAUGCACCUGUCUGAGGAUGAGAUCGCCCUGUUCUCUGCCUUUGUGUUGAUGUCUGCUGACCGAUCCUGGCUGCAGGAGAAGGUGAAAGUUGAGAAACUCCAGCAGAAGAUCCAACUGGCCCUUCAGCAUGUUCUGCAGAAGAACCACAGAGAGGAUGGUAUUCUCACAAAGUUGAUAUGCAAAGUGUCGACACUGCGAGCGCUGUGCAGUAGGCAUACAGAGAAGCUCACGGCUUUCAAAGCAAUAUACCCAGACAUUGUGCGUGCCCACUUCCCCCCCUUAUAUAAGGAGCUGUUCGGAUCAGACUUUGAGCAGUCCAUGCCCGUCGAUGGGUAACAGGCUCCGCCCCCCCAGGUGCUGGUGCGCCCACUGUUUGGGGGGAAGGGAGGUGUUGGCCAUGGAGGAGGAAUCUGAGACACUUUACUGGUGCCCUGCACAAGACCGGAGCGAACAGAUGGCACGCUGUUCAACUUUUUUUCCCCCCUUUUUUCCCUCUUAAUUUUUGUUUUUGCAGUGGAGGGGCGGUUGCAUUGGCUAGCUAAUUGUCAAGGUUUACUUUGUGUAAUUUAGGUUGCAAGAAGAUGCAACUGAACUCCAGCGAGACAUGAAGAGGAGAUGGGAACAAAUAAUUUCUGUUUGGCUGAACUUGGCCCUUUAAUGCACUUUUUUAAAGGAAAACAAAACAGUUUCACCUGUGUUGUUUGCUUUUAUUAUGAUGCAGGAGUAUAACAACACUUAAAAGAUGACCUCAGCAGUAUUAUCACCCAAGUUUGCACUCCUUAAAUGAUUUUUUUUUAGUGUUUUCACAAUUAAACCUUUCAUCUUUAUAAUACCUGACUCCCCGACCGAAUUUAAGUCUCCUACAAAAUGUGCACACUUUGGUCAAGUUCAGCCGUUUUACCUGUUUUCUUUUUUUUGGUUUGUUUUUGUUUUGGAAGCAGCGCUCGAAAUGAAAACUCACAGCAACUCUCUUGGAGGUUCCGUCGGCAUGGUGAUGCAAUCGGCGCCUCUUUAAGGACAAUCGUUUAAAAUGGAACAAAAAAAAAAAAGGAAGACUAGAAUUCUGGUAAUUCUUAUAAAACACAAUGAUUUUAGCUGUCAAGGACUCCAUCCACCAUUGUUGCAUAGUGAAAAUCAUGUAAGGCCAUCUGCUAUUAAUCCUUCUCUGGAAAGAUGCCCUGAAGAAGCCCAGGGUACCAACGCAAUGAAAAGGCUCCAUUCCACCUGUUUUAUAAUGUACUACAGGGUAUAUGGUCAUAAGUACUUACUAUACAGAAAAAAAAUAAUGUUUAUAGAAUCUAUUUUAAAUAACAUGUAUGAUAUUCGUAGUUAGACCAUUCUUAAUUGUUGAAUUGAUAAGGCACUUUUAUUUACACCUUUGUUUAAUUUAAGACUUGUAUAUUUACCUAGUGAUGUGUUGCAUGUGCACAAGAAGUACAAGCUGAAUCAUAGUCACAGAGGUUACUCUUGGGAGCUAUGGGUGUUAUUGGUCUGGAAGUGUUCUAAGGCUGGUGGGGGGGGGAUCAGGGGGUUCUGUUAGGAUGACCCAUGCUGCUGCUGGAUGCACAUGAAUGAGGCACGGAUUAGGAGGCAAACUAAAGACGCUCUAUCUUUUUUUCUGAAACGGCUACGACAGUGCUGCAUAUUUUCAGUAGGAAGGUGCACAGAAAUUAAGAUUCUGAUUACCCCUAAUAAUGUGUCUAAAACCUGAAUAAUAAAAACCCCUUGAGGCAGAGGCGUUUGCAGUUUACAAAAUUAUAUACAUUUAUAUGUUUUUAUUUGAAUUCCAGUUUGACAGAAUUCGGAUAGCAGAAUAAAAACACAAAAACUACUUUGAUUUUUUUUGCCAUGUGAUUCAACAUGAAGAAAAACACAUUUAGAUUGCAAUCCUACUGUUCCACCUAGUGGAAGUUUGAAAUAAGACAAGCGAGUAUUGCAGAGGUGACAUUACUACUGUACCCUUAAAAGCAUGCCUAUUGCAGGCUGCUAAAAAUGAAUACACCUUGAACUUAUUAUAUAUGUAGCAUUUUAUCAAGUAACAACCUUUUGGUACAAUCCUGUAUUUUAUUGGGAUUUUAUUUAAUAUGCAAGCACAAAUAGCAUUUAAUGGUGUAAGGAAAGGAAACUAAUGCAUGUUUUUCCUUUUUUUUUGGUUUUAUUUAUUUAUUUCUGCACAAAAAGGCCAAAAAAGUGUGGUACCCAAGACUUUAUUAGCAGUUGGAAGUAUUUUGAAAUACUAUCCAAUCUUCUUUGCAAGCUCAGGCACCAUUAAAAUGGGCCAAGUUUUGCCACAGAUUUUUAAUUGGAUGGAUUUAGACCUGUACUUUAAAUAGGCCUUUUUAUCAAUUGAAAUAUGCUCAUUAUAAACGUUUAAAUUAAAAGCAGGGUCCUGCUUAAAGGGGGGUAUUGUUCUGCUGGAAGGUCAGAAGCUUUUACUAACAUGUCUCAUUUGUCUUUAGAUGAGGCAUUUUAUUUUUCACAAAGCUAGACUUCCAAAGUAAAAACUUUAUUAUGUGGAAUUUAUAUAGAAAGAUUUUGAAGGAAAUUGGUUGCAAUGGAUUUAAUUUCAGUGUACUAGAGCUAAGAAAUCAGGUGCUAAAGCAGGCCACACUGUUCAGAUUUUUCUUUCUAAACAAAGCUUAAAGACUUAUUCUUUCCCUGCAUCAUUAUUUAAUAACUGAUCUCCCAGAUAAAAUCCCAACAAAACAGGUUGGAGGUCUUGGUUCUAACUUGAAAAAUUAAAAGAAGUUCAAGGGGUAUGAAAACUUUUUUUACGGCACUAUAAAGGUAUAUUUGAAACGGCAUUGAUUUUUUUUCCCCCCCUUUUUAAUAUGAGUGUAUUUUUGCCUUCUUACCAUAGCCUCGGCGUGGCAGCAGCUUAAAAGGACACAGAUGAUAAACAGUGAAGGGAAAGUGAAUAUUCAAAGCCUUGUCUGGUAGUAAAGCUUCUAUUUUUGUAAAUUGUUUUGGUUUAACAAACCCACGAAAGAGGAUGAGGAAGAGGAAAAAAGAUGUCAGGUAGCACUUAACUGUAUCCCUGCAAUAAUUAAGACUAGCUGUUGUUUAUAUGAUUAGGAGGGGGAAGUUUAAAAAAAAAAACAGAAAAUGGCAGGACAAGUGCUAUUUUCAGAACGCUUUGUUGUUGUGCUUCUGUUUUUGUCAAGUGUGUCUUUCUUGUCAGUGUGGUGGUAAACGUGGUAAAAGAAAAAAAAAUUGUAGAAAAAAAAAACCCUGGAUGUGCCAAACUGUAGUCGUCGCUUCCGCUUUCCAGUCUACUUGGUUAAAACGUAGAAUGGAUUCUGAAGACAUUCCAGCAAUCUCAGUAGCAGCUUCUUGAGUAACUUUAAAAGAAAAAAAAGAAAUGAAAAAAUAUCCCUUUAGGAAACCCAGCAAAGCGUGUUAAUACAUUUGUCACCAACUGUUAAGCAGAAUCAAGUUUUGUUUGUUCAUUUCUUUCUGUUUGCACACUAUCGUUCCUUUGCUGUGCAAUUUGCACAAGACGUUAAUGCCUUGUGCUGUCACCCCUCAGGGAAGAAUUUUUUUUUUUUUUUUUUAUCUUUCCAUUUGAUAGGACAUUUGUUUGUAUUCAUCAUGUUUCAUUUAGUUUGUUUAGUUUGUUUCAGGGAUGUUUCCAUGGGAAGCUGUUGAAAUUAGGUUUGAAAAUGUUAUCACUGAGUUCACAUUUCCGACGUGCAGUUUAAAACAGAUGUUUAUUGACGCUUUGUUAAGAAAAGACUUCUUCUCAUUGUCUGACUUUAAAUUAGACUAAAUCCUUCCUAUUUACUUAAAGGCCAGAAUAAUGAGAGAUGCAUCCUGUGGUCUUUUUUUUUUUUUUUAGUUCAGAUGUUUGAUCUUGAUGACUAUUGUUGCACUUGGUAGGAAAAAAAUAGGUGAUUUGAAGCCUCAGAAUGCCAUCCCAGCUGUAAAGUAUGGUAGUGACAGCAUCCUGUUGUGGGGUCGCUGCUACAAGAGGGAAUAUUAUCAGCUUGUAUUGUUAAGAAAAUAAGGUUAUGUGAAAAUAAUGAAGCAGCACCUCAAGAAAGCAGCCAAUUAUGUUAAAACUUUGGCACAAAUGUGUCUUCCACAUGGACAAUGUUAUUAACCAUAGCACCAAAUUAAUUACAAAGUGGGUUAAAGAAAAGAAGGUCAAUUUUUUUUCUUUCUUUUUUUAUCUUUUUCUAUUCCAAAGCCCUGAUUUCAUUUGUGGGGAAAGUAAAAAAGUUCUAAAUGAGCAAAGCUGUCUACAGGGUUACUGCUGAUAUUUCUGGAGGACCAGGCAAACAUUCCAGCAGAUAAUGAUUGAUUGAUUUAUUUACUUUAUUGAUCUCACAGUGGAGAAAUGUUCUCAUUACCUUAGCUCAAAUAGUCAAAGGAGAAGAAUGUGCCAAAGGAAGAAAAAGGUGCAUGGGAUAUUUAUAUACUGUAUAUACAGUGAUGGCAAGAAACGUGUAGAACAGGGGUCACCAACUUUUUUAAGGCUGAGGGCUACUUUAUGGGUACUGAGUCAUAGGACGGGCUACCAAUACUAACCUAUGAACUAGAGGAGUCGGCGUUCACCUGAACUUCAUAGAUAAUAAACAUAUUUCUAUUGUUUCUUUUCAUUUUUAAUUUGCUUUUAGAUAUUCUCAUUAUGAAAUCUAUAUAAAUCCUCAAAUGUUCUAAUUUAUUGAUAUGAUAAAAUGCUUCAUAAAUGCUUCAAAAUAAGAGCUUCAGUAAAAAAUAAUAUUUCAGAUUUAGUCCACUGGUGAAUUGUUCUGUUUUCAAAAGAUGCUGAGGGCAUCCCAUGUUGUCCUUGAGGGCCCCUUGGUGCCCACGGGCACCACGUUGGUGACCCCUGGUGUAGAACAUCCAAAUAUCUUUGACCUAAGUUGUGCAGUUUAUAACAAAGCUACCAAGUGAAAUCUAUGUAAAUGUCACUUUGAAAACAUUUUUUUCAAAUUUUAUUUACUUCUCUCAUUAUUCUGACAUUAAGGAGAAAGGAAUAAUUUGGUAAACGUGUCUGAGCUACAACAGGAGAUGUCUAUUCUGAUUCCCUGUCAGACUCUGGGAGCGAAACAGGUCGCGGGACUUUUUACAGAUUGUCUGUAAAGAUUUGUUUUAAACUGUAUUAGGUUUUUAGCCAACAAAUCAAAACCAUAAACGCAUCAAUUUUACAACCUGCUGUUUUUCAGCACAAAGCAUUUUCCUAUUAGUAAAUAAGAAAGAAGUAUUUGUUUUUUAUUACAGAUGGUGUCAUCAGGGUCUUUGCAAAUGAUUACCCUCUUUGUUUGAAAAACCAAAAUAUUCUUAUGCAAUACUGAAUUGGUUGUGUUUGGGCUGUAGUAGAUCUGCUGUAGCUGUUCUAUUGGUCCACAUCUCUUUGUAUAUUAUGCACAAGCCCUCUAUACGACUAGUUAGCCUCAGUAUCUGAGCAAAACAACCCCUGCUGCCCCCAGUCUGGAGCACUGCUAGACAAUCCAGGUUUGUGAAAGAUGUCUGUGGCCCCGAUGAGAACAGCACAUAGAAAGAAGGCGGUGUGAACCCUCAGGGAGGUGGACAGGGAAGGCCUGAGACGCAUCUGACAUAGCACACUGAUUUAUCCAAUUCCUCUUAUGGGAAUAAAAAAAAAAAAAAGAGGGAUUUGUCUGCGUUCCUUUGAAAUGGUUGGUUUUUAGCACGUUUUCUAGUUGCAUGACGUACUUUUCUCACACGAUCAGCUAAGGUCUGCCAUUUUUUAAAGCGCAAGCAGGUGAGCCUGAUGAGUGGGCUCUUUGAUGCAUUCUGCAAAAUAUUACAAGCAAUAUGCCUUGUGUUGCAAUUACGGGUCUCUACAUUGCAGUUUUCCACCUUUUCUUUUAUAAUGAACUAUACAUCCUGUAUGUUUACAGUUUUUUACCAGGAAGUAAUAAUAGUCCCUUCGGUUCCUUUAUUUCUCUUCACAUGUGAUGUGUGGUUGCAAUAGAGACAGGAGAGCAGAAAACGGUCAUCAAACAUACAAGUACUAUGACUAUACUGGCAAUAUUAUGUCAUCUUCAGUGGCGGUUUUUGUUAGAGGUCAAAUGGGCAGUUGCCCAGAGUGGCAAAUAUCUAGAAAUACUAGAUAUGGAAACAUGCAAAUAUGCUUCAAUGUAUCCAAUCCUAGAAUAUCAAAAGUUUUCCUGCAGGCACUGGCCCAGGGAACCAUGCAUGCAAGAACCGCCACUGGUCCUUUUAUUUUUUUUUUUUUUUUUUUUUUUUUUUUUUUUUUUUUGUUUUUCUUUUUAGAUUUUCCAGAUAAUGUCUGCUUUUCAAUCUGUGUGUAUUAUACAGUAAACUGUGCCGUUUCUUCUGUCUCUGCAAUGUUGUCUGUUUGUAAAAAGCAAUAGUCUCUGUAUGUGUGUGUGUGUAUAUAUAUAUAUAUAUAUAUGUGUGUGUGUGCGUGUGUUGUUAUUACAAUGUGUGACUAGAAUAAAAACCCCAGACAAGGCUUUAAUAAUUACAGAGGAACAGGGUUACGUGGAUGAGGAUAUUUUGGUUUCAUUUUUUAAAGAAUUUCUAAAAAGGAAAAAGGUUUGGAAAUGCUGAGCUGGAUCCAUCCAUAAUAAGUACAGUAUAGGUUGUUUUUAUUUGAUUCUUUUUUAAGUAUAACAUAACGCCUUCAACAAUUCAGCGGUUUGCAAAAAGUCUGUGGAGGACCAUAAAGAGCAGAGUCACCACUCCAAAAACAUGCUCUUUCAGCUUUCUUGGUCAGAAUGCAGCGUACUAAAAUCAAUUCCUUCUGUCUUCUUUAGAAUACUGGAUUUUUGAGCCCUCGUUGAUCGCGGAUUAUGAAGGCUAGCGUGUCAUGCUUAAAAGCUGCUAGCGUAUUUUAACCCAUAAUUAUGAAUCUGUCAUUGCAUUUUGUUAAAAAUCAACUCGUUUUUCAGAGUACAGCUGAUAAGAAUUUAAGAUUAAAAUUACAUUUAAGGACGAUAGUUUUAAAAGGAAAAAAAAUAAAGACGCAACCUUUAGCCAUAAUUGAAUGUCAAGCAAUAAUCUAUGUUGGUGUAUUAUUUCUCAUUCUUUUUGUGCAUCUGCAUGUAAAUACACCCCCUUAUUUAUCUUUUUUUUUUUUUUUUGUUAAAUUUCGUGGACGUCUCGUCUGUAUAUUUGACCAGUUCAGUUCCCAGGUGGAGAACAAAGAACUUGACAUGGCCUGUAUUACUGUACCUGUUCUGUUUCUCACACUCUCCCUCAUUCUCCGCUGUUUUUAUUCAACAUAUUUAAUAUUAUUCUUAUGGAUCACAUGUAUAAAGGUAGCUUUGUAACUUCUGUCUGUAUAGGUAAGAGGAAAAUAAUGCUACUAAGGUCUCCCCAGUGGAAAUAUUUAUCUGUUUAUUGAUUGCAUCAUAUUGUACGAUGAAGCCGUUUCUACUUUGCUUCCCUCCUUUAGGAUUAGUUUGAUAGAGAUAGGGGUGUACUUAUGGUUAUUUUGUGUUGCCCUCGUGUGGUGCUAGGUAAGUUAAUUUUAUGAACCAAGUAUUGAUUCCUAAGCCUGGCUGCCCUAUUAUUAAAAUAAUUUCAUGUGUUAUUGAUAUUAGGACUCAACGAAUUAUAAUUAUUAUGAUAAAAAUGAUAGUGAUAAAAAAGAAAAAGUAUCCAGACAGUGCCUGUAUCAGUGUGCUAGCUCUGGGAUAAUGCACUUAUUUCCUUCUGGCUUAUAGCAAAACUAGAUUCUGCUCUUUUAAAAGCUAUUUAAGGUUGCUUUUUUUGAAUUUUGUGGAGAAUUCCUGAUAUUCAAAUGGAAACAGCAUUUUUUUUUCUUUUCCUGAUUGUAAGACAAACCACUCACUGAGGCUGUAGUUAAUCAGGGUUUUAAGAAGCUAACUAUUUUACCUCGUGUUUCUGCAUUGUCCCUUACUUGACGUGGGAACGUGGUGCUCGAGCCUCGUAUGUUCUGACGGCCCUGAAACGGUGGUUUUAUUCAGACAAGUGGCAUGUUUUUUUUGUGUUCCUUUUUUAUUAUUGUUGCACCACAUGAAGUGUUUAAAACAGACAUGAAUGGAUUUGCCAUUUGAUGACAAAGUCGAUCUUUUUUCCUCUUCUCUGUAGCAAAUAUCACUAAGAAAAUGUUUGCAAUAAUAAGCAAAGUAUCACACUGAGUGCCUCUCGGUGUAAUGAAAUGCAUACAUGGUUUCGAUUGUCCUUUUUAAUUUUCCAUACAUGUACUGAUGUGAUGUAUUUUUUACAUGAGAAAAUCUCACCUUGCUUAAACUUGUUUUUUUCUUUCCUUUUGUGUUUCAACAUGAUUUUGUGUGUUAUGUUGAAAAGGUUUUAUUGUAUAGACGUCAUCCGUCUCACGUUGUUUCAGAAACUGGGAAGGUUUUUUUUUUCAUGUUGAUCUGAAGUGGUCAAUAAAAGCUCCCAGAUAAGUUAUUACCCUAAAUAAUUAAUUGCACAAUUGAUUUUUUUUGGAAAAUGAAAAAAUAAUCUUGACAUUUCUACAUCUUCUGUUGUAUUUUAUUUUAUUUUUUCACUGCAAACAGAGGAUUUGCUUAUGCAUUGUAUAUUCUGUAUUCGUACGUGUUUGUAAAACAAGCGUACAGCACAUCUGGUUAUUUUAAUGUUCUGUGUUCAUUGUGUGCUGUGUCUGUUUGGGGUAACUCCACACAUGAAGGUUGAGUGGAGCAGGGGGGUCGAAGCUUUUUCCUUGCAAAACAAUUAAAAACAAAAAAUGUUUAAAAAAAAAAAAAAAAGCCCAAUCUAGUGUGUGUUUGACACAGAUUUCUAAGUCACACGUUUGCUACUGAUCUUAAAUGGCGACGGUUGAUCAUGAACCUUUUUAUCCAGCUCUUUUGAACUCUCUUUAGCAGGUAGUCUAAUUCACAAAUGUAGUUUUGCUCCUUCUUGUCUGAUUCUUAAAUAUGAAAAUAAGUAUUUUGAUUCAUUUUGUAAAUACAUCUGUAAAGAAGAAUAAGAAAUUUAAUGUUGUCUUUUAAAUACUUUUCAUUCUAAUAUGAAUGUUGUUAUAUUGUACUUAGAAACUGUACCUUUAAUAUUACCUUUAUUAAAAGUGCAUUGGACACAUCGAUUUUAGAUGUGCUUUAUGUGCUGUUAUC